AUGCCUUCCAACGCAGCAGCCACGCUCAAGGAGCGUUUGGUGGGCAAGACCCUUCACGAUGUGCCAACGCCCAGCAUCGUGCUAGACCUGGCCAAGCUCGAGGUCAAUUGCCAGCAAAUGAUGGAUGCUGCUGAGAAGAAUGGCAUCGGAUGGCGAGCUCACAUUAAGACGCACAAGGUCGGCGAGGACCCCAACUCGCCAGCCAAUAUUAUCGUGUCCACGAUCCUCGAGGCAGAGAAGAUCACUCCCCUGCUGCAGGAGUUCCAGAGCAAAGGCCGCAAGGUCAACGUCUUGUAUUCUUUCCCCAUCUACCCAUCCAUCAUGUCCCGCCUAGCCACAAUCUCCACCACCCUCGGCCCAGACACCGUCUCACUCAUGCUGGACCACCCAGACCAGGUCGCCCUCCUUGGCCCACUCACUUCGCAAGCAGGCGGCAACAAGCCCCAGAUCUUCCUCAAGAUCGACGUCGAGUCCCGCCGCGCCGGCGUCGUCCGCGGCUCCCCGACCUACCACGCCCUGCUCCGCGCCGUCCUCGACGCCGAGCAAGCCGGCCACUGCAGCCUGCACGGCCUGUACGCCCACGCCGGCCAGUCCUACUACACACGUGCCGACUGGCAUGCCCUCGCCUACCUGAGCGUCGAGUUCGGCACCCUGCGGGAUGUCGCAGCCGACGUGCGCGCCCUCAGCCCCGGCCACGCCCUCGUGCUCUCUGUGGGCGCCACGCCGACGGCCACAGCGCUACAGCACCCUGAUAUCGAGACCACGACGGCGGCAGCAGUAGCCUCUACCGCAAAGGACCCAACAGCGCAGCACGUGGCAAGCCUUUCGACCCUCCUCCAGCAGUUAAAGGGAGAAGACGGAGAAGGCGCCGGCCUCACGCUCGAGGUCCACGCCGGCGUGUACCCCACCCUCGACCUCCAACAGCUCGCCACCCAUGCCCGCGACAACACGCUGCUGAGCAGCUCCUCCAUCGGCGUCAGCGUGCUGGCGGAGGUGGCCUCGCUCUACGCUGGGCGCGGCGAGGGCGGGACGGGCGAGGCGCUGAUCAACGCCGGGUCUCUUGCUCUGGGCCGCGAGCCGUGCAAGGAGGAUGGGGCGGGCCACUAUAGCGGCUGGGGCCUGGUGAUGCCGUGGGGGGAUGCGGCGCUGGCAGGGCUGGACCCGGCGCCGGCAGCGUUUCCGGCUGUGCAUGGCGGGUGGCAGGUGGGCAGGAUUAGCCAGGAGCAUGGCAUGCUGGUGUGGAAGGGGGAGAAGGAGGCCGAGGUGCCGUUGCGGUUUGGGCAGAGGGUGAGGGUCUGGCCGAAUCAUUCUUGUAUUGCUGGAGCGGGAUAUGAUCACUACCUUGUGGUAGACAGCCGCAGGGCAGGCAAGGAGGAUGAGGUUGUGGAUGUGUGGGAAAGGUGGAAUGGUUGGUAG